AUGUCUCUCCCACCGCCCAACACGAAGAACAACUUCCUCGUUCACAUCCUCGACUUGCCCGAUGCGUAUGCAGAACGCAUGAAGCACUCUCCGGUCCACAUGGAACAGAACGGGCCAAUUAUGGAGAGCGGCCGACUCGUUGCGGCGGGUGGCAUCCUUCAGAGCGGUGCGCGCUCGAGUGACGCCGACGCAUUGCAGAAGGUGGUCGGCUCGUGGAUGGUUGCCAGUGCCGAGACGGAGGAGGAAGUGUGGGAGCUCCUCCGAAAGGACAUCUACUACACGUCUGGCGAAGUGUGGGAUCACAAGAAGAUAACCGUAUCGGCUACGUUCGUGGCAAUUCCUAGCAAGGCCUAA